AUGGACCGUUGCUGUGUUGUUAAAAAGUUUUUAGCGACUAUUAGGUACUCACCAAGAGGCGAACUCGGAGAUGCUUUCAUAGCGUUCAGUACUGAUGAAGACGCACGUCAAGCCAUGAUGCUCGACGGCGGCAAAAUCAAAGAAAUACAAGUGAAGCUGCUGCUCAGCUCCCGCUCCGAAAUGCACAAAGUGAUAGAAGCCGCGCGACAAAGCGUACCACUGCUCAGUCUCGCUGCACCUGCACCGGUCGCCACUUCGGUGUCAGCUCCCGUCACCGUUCCUGCACCCGCUACAGUCACUGUACAACAGCCACUGAUUCAAGCACUAACUCCUUUUUCCGCAGCUCUUGGUAAUAACACACUCUCUAGUUUUGGUAUUCCGGGCAUCGGAAAUCCUCAAGAGAUUCCACAGCCCGCAGUUAUUGAACCACCUGCACCGUUAAUUAGCCCUUCGGCUAAUAACUCAAACGCCGAGGAUGAUAAAGAAGAAGACAAGAUGGAAAGGAAGCGCAGUCGUGAGAAAGAUCGGCGCCGCACUAGAUCGCGAUCUAGGUCACGAGAUAGAGAGAGGAAAGACCGUAAAAGAGACCGCCGUGAUAGAUCGCGGUCACGAGAAAGGCGUCGUCGUGAUCGCAGCCGGAGCAGAGAACGGCGGGACCGAAAACGAGAUAGGAAAGAUCGCAGUCGUUCUAGAGAUCGAUCACCUUCGCGGCGUUCUCGUGACCGUAGAAAUGACCGGGUUUUGUCCGGGUCGCAAGAAAACAGUGUUGAUAAUAUUCAAGAUAUUGCCAAUACAACUGCGCCAACUAAUUUUCCAAGUAUAAAUCAAAACGCAAUGCCGCAAAUACAACAAAUGUUGCAAAACAAUGUAAUGCAAAACAGGCCUGUAGGUCGAGGUGACUCACCCAUUAACCGCUUCACUGAUCCUUCUAUAGCCGAAGCGUUCAAUAAGUUACAAGAGCUAGGCAAGAAGCGUAAUCCACACGCCUUCCAAGGAGAACAAAACGGUAAUGGCGGCGGCAGGAUCCAAAGUCCAACAGCACGGGGCGGCAUGUCACGGGGUGGCGGCUCUUUCAGAACGCGUGAAGGAAGACCAACACGAUUUGAAAAUAACGAGCAACAAAGAGACUGUUGCGUUGCUAUCAGAAAUGCUCCGAACCACACAAGCUACGGUGAUGUUCGCCGCUUCUUCCCAUUUUUGAUUGACAAACAUGGCAUAAAAAUGAUUAAUGACAGUAUGGGACGUCGGACAGGUAACAUUUAUGUAAGGUUCUGUGACCCUCGCUCUAAACAGCAUGCAUUGCAACGUAAAAGCAAUGAGUUAAAAGGAGCAGAAGUUCUCGUAGAAACCCUAGACGACAGCGUGUACGAAACAGCGGUAGAUUCCUUUCUACCUUAUCGCGAGGACAAUGACGAGGAGGAAACUAGCCUAGCCACGGCUGACCCAGAACCAAAAUCUCAGACUCCUCUUAGUGUUAUUAAAAUGUCUGAUUUACCCAAUUUCGUUAAAGAACAUGAUAUUAUUAAGUCUUUUAGUGAUUUCUCGCUACUUUCCAUAAUGCUCAACGAUUGUCGUCUUACCAGGACCAAAACUGCUUACGUGCAGUUCGUUAAACCUGAAGACGCCAGACUAGCCCUUGAGAGAAAAGAUAGAUACAUAUUUGGAAGAAGAACAGCAACUGUUACUACUAUAUCAGUUGCAGAAUAUGAAAAGGACAAACUAGCCCAGACUAAUAAGUCACAAGAACCACAAACAAACUUUCCGCCUCAGAUUGAAGCGCCACAGGAGAUGACUGCCCCACGUGACCCCCGGCAACGUCGGAAACAGGUGGAUAACGGACCCGCCACUAAGGGCGUUGCACUUCAGGUACAACCCCAAGGAGCACCAUUCUUCUCACCGCCCUUUGUGCAGCAGCAAGGUUUUCCUGGACAAUUCCCAGGACAGUUCGGCGUAUUCCAGGGCCCAGGUAGUGCUCCCAUGGAUCCUCGUACGGCCGCAUCCAAUUGGACUAACAGACCACAAUUUCCAAACCAAAUGGACUCGAUAGUAAAUUCAAAUGUCAUGUCGAACGACUCAGAGAAUGAGCCUCUCGACUGUGUACUAAUGAAAGGUCUGCCACGAGAUGCUACUGACAGAACUAUAGUAACUUUUUUUUCGGAUACGAGUGCGGUACCUGCUCGGAUACAUUUAAUGCUAGAUACAAACGGAAUGCCGUCCGGUGAUUGCUUUUGCGAAUUCCGGUCAACUCAAGAAGCGAGAAUGGCUCACACCAAACACGGAAAAAAUCUAGAGGGCUGUCGAGUUACUAUUGAUUUGGUUCCACGAAGUGUGGUAGAGGAAGCUCUUGAGGGCCCUAAACCGCAGCAGGAUAGUCUUCUAGGAAACAGUCCAAUGCCGCCGCAGCAGUUCUUCGAACCCGGCCCUAUUAUGCGCGGAGGCGGUGGAUUCCGAGGUGGAUUCAGAGGUCGCGGUGGAUUCGAUAGGGGAGGCUUUGAUAGAGGUGGAUUUAAUCGCGGUGGUUACGAAGGGCGAGGGACCUUUAGAGGCCGUGGCAACUUCAACGACAGAGGUCGCGGGUUCGAUCGUGGUCGUGGCCGCGGUCGCGGUUUUGGUCGUGGUGGUGCAAGUGCAGGCGGCUUUAAUGAAAACAGUCGCAAUGAGGAUGACCACGAUCCUGCACUUGACGAUUUCGGAGCCCCAGGGUGUGUGGUCUCGAUGGAGAAUGUUCCAUUCCGAGCAAGCAUCGACGAUAUCAUGAAUUUUUUCUCUGAAUUUGAAUUAACCCAGGAUGAUGUAAUCCGCCGGUACAACGAGCGCGGACAGGCCACUGGCGACGCGCGUGUCGCCUUCCGCACGCCCUUCGACGCACAGCGGGCAGUGAAGACGCGACAUAUGGACAUGAUUCACGACCGGCGGAUCAGUCUUUGCGUGCUAUAG